AUGGCGAUGGCGUCGCCUUUGGGCAGCGGCAGCUCUGUGAGUCGCCGUAGUUCCAGCGACAGUGUGACCAGCAGCGCCUCGUCGCCCACUUCGGGCAGCCACUUCGCCAUAGUGGACAAGAAGCGAAAGCUCGCGACGGUUGGCACGCAUCAGGCCACGCUGGAGGCCACACGCAAGCGCCGCAGUAUUCUCAACGACGACAUGGAGGACGAGGACAUGGAGGACGCAGUCUGGGCUGUACGCACGCCCAGCAAGCAAAUGAGCAUCGCCAACCUCAUCAGUUCACCACCCACGCCCACUACCAGCGACGACAGCUUCUGGGCAGCCACCUCGGCAUUAGCAGACGUGACCAUCAAGCCCGAGAAGCUUGAAUUGGACGUGGAGAUGGCGCAGGAAACUCACAAGCCGCCAGCUUCGUCCUCGAACAUUCCGGCAGCGUUCCUGGCCACGCAAGCUUUUGCAAGUCCGAGAGACUUUUUUGUCGCGCCCGUGGUAGCUGGCACAGGUACCGGGACGACCAAUGCAGCGACGGAGAAGGCUCAUGUGGUCUGCACGCUGUGCCAAGUGACUAUGGGCAACAGGGUCUACAGUCUCAAGCGGCAUUUGUUUCGCCACCAUCCACAGGUCUUCCGUGUUGACAGUCCCGUCAAGAAGGAGUCGCCACUGUCUAUGAAGAACCAGGCCAUGAAAAACGACCCGGAGAUUGCAAGUUGGAGGGCUAAUGACCAGCAAGUGGUGCAUCUUAAAGACAAUUAUGGACCUUUGAAGCGCUGCAAGAUGUCGGAUAAUGCGGAUAAUCCGGCGGAAUCUAAGCAUAACGACGCCUUUGUGGGCUGGCUGCGCUCCGAUGUGAUCCCUAUGAAGGCUCUGCAGAGUGAACUGUUCCGAGAGUUUUUGUCGCUCGUGAAUCCCAAGUUUAAAAUGCCACAGGUGGUCGUGCAACCGCAACAGCUACACAAGCUCUCAAAUCUCGGGAAAGGAGAUAACGCGACAACCAGUCGUUCCAUUGGCAUGACUGCCGUAGGGUAUGCCACAGAGCCACGCUAUAUGAAGGGUCUGUGUCUGCAAGGCAACGGGCUAGCGCCGCAGUUGAUCACUGACCUCCUUGUCCCAACUCCGGCGCCCCAUGAAGCGCUGAUCGAGGUGUUACGGGCAGGUAUUUGCGGGACAGAUCUACAGAUGAUCAAUAAUUACAAACCGGGCUUCAAAGGUGCGCUAGGCCACGAGUUCGUGGGCAUUGUGCGCAAACUUGGCGACCAGUUCGUAAACGACGAACAGACUCAACGGAUAUGGCUCGGCAAGCGUGUUGUAGGGGAGAUCAACAUUCCUUGCGACGCGUCCAACUGCGCCACUUGCGCUCGAUGUAGUCUAAAGCGCAACCACAGCGGUGACGCAUUGUCUCGAGAGGAAAUUAUGCGGCGCAAUCAUUGCCCGAACAGAUCGUGUUUAGGCAUUGUGAGGAAAGAUGGCGCCUUCGCUGAGUACAUUACGCUGCCACUUGCGAACUUAUUUGAGGUACCCGACGGAGUGACGGACUCGCACGCUGUCUUUGCCGAGCCGCUUGCAGCAGCGUGUCGAAUCCUGGAGCAACAGGUUAUUCAGCCAACCGACAACGUUGUGGUGCUUGGAGAUGGCAAACUCGGGCUUAUGGUGGCAGAGGUUUUGCAUGCAACUGGAGUUGCGAAGGCCAUCACUCUCGUGGGAAAGCACCGCGAAAAAUUGGCGUUAGCGAAACAUUUUGUCAACACAGUCUACACAUUGAGCAGUGGCGAAGAGGCCGAGAUGGCAACAUUGGCAGAUCGCAUGGCCAACGAAAUGGCUCCAUUCGAUGUGUGCGUCGAGAGCACUGGAACUCCCGGCGGCAUCGCGCUGGCAAUAAGACUGGUGCGGGAACGCGGCACUGUUGUUAUGAAGUCGACAUGCUCAACGAAGCGGUCGACGGUGGACGUUAGGGCGGCUCAAAGCAAGCGACUACGAGUCGUGGGAUCCCGAUGUGGACCCAUUCCGUGGGCGCUGCGACUACUACGUGACCGCAAGAUCGACGUGCAGAAAUAUAUUCAUGGCGUGUACCCGCUGGAGCGAGCCGAGGCAGCAUUGGCUCACGCAGCGCAGCGAGGUACACUUAAAAUCCAACUCGUUAUCAGGUGA